UCGAUCCCGAGAUUUUGAUUGCGCUAUCGCUGCUAGCGGCUUUAUUGGUCCGUUCUUUCGCCCCCAAUUUGGUGACGGUUUCAUCGGCGUUGGUCCAAAAGCUUGGGAUUCUUGGAGAUACGCGGGAUAGCGAUGAAGCAGCCUUCGACUGCGAUUGAUUUGAAUGUGUAAAUGCUCGUGUUGUUCUUGUUCUUAGUUUCGGGCUAUUUUAGGCGACUUGCUGCAGGAUAAGGAGUACAUUAGGUUUCUGAUUUCCAAGGAACAUGGAGGGUUCCAGUUUGAGAGAUUUGGUAGAUGAGGAACUUGUCUUGAAGACGAGCAAGGCUGCAGGCAUUGGUUUAGCUGCUGGCAGUGUUUGGGGUGCACUGGUUUCUAUGCUGCACGAUGGACCUCAGGUUGCCAGUAAUGUCAAGUAUCCUGAGCUGAUCAGAACGGGCAAGGUGUGUGGAACUUACGCAGCAAGCUUAGCAGUUCUUGGAGCUACAUAUGUAGGCGUCGAGCAGGCUCUUGAAAACUACAGGAUGAAGAAGGACUUUGUGAAUGGAGCUGUAGCUGGUUUUACUGCUGGUGCAACUAUGGGUUUUAGAGUAGGGAGAGUCCCAACAGCCAUUCUAUCAGGGUCUGCGCUUGCUCUGACUUCUGUAUUGCUGGAUGCGACUGGAAUGAAAACUACCAAGGAAGAAGAAAAAGGGCACUAGGCAAGCUAUUAUCCUGAAGAGCUGUAUCUACAAAACUUGAUUCAAAGCGGUUCCACCUUUUGUAUUCCAGGCAUGCUAGCAGUAUCUGCAAAACCAUUGGGGUACUGGUCUCUUUGUUCAUAGUAGAGGGGUAGUAAGGGAUACAGUAAGUACUAGUAUGUGGUGGUUGGUCCUGAUCUAAACACCACAUGCUUGCAAGGCACUUCAUCCGUGGUUUUAGUUAUCGCAAACUGUGAAUUCUAUGAUGUUGUCCCAAAUGUGCCAAACUCAAAGCUCUUGGUUGAAUAGAAUCUUGUUCUCCAGUUAUGUGCUGGAAGUUGGUAGAUGUUUA